GACUGUCUCGGCUUCUUGAGACGCCAUUUUAAGAAAUUUCACGACGGCUGACGCUUCGUUACGGUAACCGUGUUUUGCCAUUUAAUUAUUUCUCUGUAAAUUAUUACAUAGAAAAGAUUUAAAAUGGGUAAAAAGGAUAAAAAAGGUGAUACAAGUGAGGCAUCAAGUGAAGAAGAAUAUGUUGUAGAGAAGGUUCUCGACAAACGUACUGUAAAAGGCAAGGUACAAUACCUGCUGAAAUGGAAAGGUUACAAGGAGGAGGAGAGCACAUGGGAACCAGUGGAGAAUCUCGACUGUGAGGAGCUGAUUAAGACCUUUGAGGAAAAUAGGAAGGAAAAAGAAAAAGAGCCAAAAACUAAGAAACCAGAAGACCGUGGCAAAAAACGAGUCCGAGAGUCCAGUGAGGAGACUUCCUCUGGUCGCAAGGGCCGUGGCACCAGUGUAUCAUCUGCUGACGACCACAAGGACUCCAAGAGGGAACGCAAGGAAGACAAAUCAAAGUCUGGCUUCGAUAAAGGGCUGAAAGCUGAAAAGAUUAUAGGUGCAUCAGAUGCAACAGGAGAGCUGAUGUUUUUAAUUAAAUGGGCUGAUUCUGAUGAGGCAGAGCUGGUGCCUGCUAGAGUAGCUAAUGUCAAGUGUCCUCAACAGGUGAUUGCUUUCUACGAAGAGAGGCUUACGUGGCACACGCCGGCGGAGUCAGAAUGAUAUAGAAUCGCAUGUGGCAUGCCGAGUAUCCGAUAUGGCGGGGACUACUUCUACGUCCGCGCCUUGGAGAUUCGUGAGCGUCAACGCCACAUAUAACACGCGACGCCAAGGAGUGUUACAUGCGAUGCAUCUACCAUUUAAAUAGUAUUCAUAAUAAUGUUAUUAAUAUUGAAAGCUAUAAUGUGAGAAGAUGUGGUUAAUUUAUGUUGGAUAGAUUCCCUCGGACAGAGUCCGAUUUUGUGUAUUCUUGUGAAUGUGUAGUUUAUAAGCAAUGUUUUGUGGCAGUAGUGGGUCACCGGCUUCAUCUUUUCAUCAUUUGCAUAUUAGGCUUGGUAUAUACUUAGAUAUUUCUUACAUGUCAGGUAGAUCUUAGCUCUGUAGUAAGUAAAUACAGGUGAGUUUCAUCACUGUCUAAACUUGAUCGUGCAACAACAUUGAAUAGAUUUAUUUUUAUACAGAUACAGAUGAAAUUUGGAUUGUGAUUAACGAGUUCCUGUAUAUUUAUUUACUAAGGCAAUUUUUCUCAAAAGACUUCUCUCACUUCUUCCAGUGAUUUAUAAACCAUGUAAUGUGUUUUUUUGUUUCUAGUAACAAGAUUUUUUUGUACUUUAGUGUAGUACCAACUAAUGUUACAAGCUGAAGAGAUAGAUCUCUCUCUGUGUAACAGUUUCAUGUGAUUUAGGUACGGAAACAGGCUAAAAUAUAGCCCAUGUUUAUAUUUUUGCAAGAAUUCAGAGUGAGAAGCAAAUAGAAACUUAGAGACUUAUACUAAAUACAUAAUAAUAUGUUAAUAUAGCUGGUGUAUGCUAUGCAGGUAUCAUAUUUAUUCGUAAAUUUUAUAAUCAUUGACAAAUAUGAGGUGGCAUGAUUAUAGUGUUUCGGUAAAACUACUUAAUUACUUACUCAUCACAAGUAACGCUUAGUUUCGUGUUAUAGAGCGUCUAGAGUUGGCGAAUGCGUCGCUUGCGAGCAUGUUGGGAACUGCGCACUAACUGUAUAUAAAACAAGUUCACGCGCAGUUAGUGAUGCGCUCAAGAGCGGUGCAUUCUUUAGGUCAGAAUGUUCUAUAAGGAAAACAUUAAUUAAUUUUAGUAAGUAAGUGAAGAUUGUUUUAAGUAAUUUAGUAUUUGAAUAUUACAAACUUAUAGGCUGCUAAUGGUAACUUCAAACAAUCUUCAGAUUUCAAUGGGAAAAAAUUACUAAGAUGUGAUUAUAAAUCUUAAUGCCAACAUAAUAAAUGAAAAUGUCGAUUGGUAUCUCGUAACUGUAAAUGUUUUUUUUUUUUAUUACAAUUGACAUGUUUCUAUUCUGUAGUGUAACAUGGACUUAUAUAAUUUAGAUGUUUAUUAUUAUUAUUGAAUAGGAAUAAAAUACGAAUAAAUACGAUAAA